CUGACUGACUGACUGACUGAGUGAGUGAAGCCCGCUGCACUACCCCGUCUCGUCUCGCCGUGGCACCGCAUCAGCAGCUGUCAGGCUAUUAAAGAUCAAGACCUCGGAGUUAACGCUUGGUAACUGUUACAACUGGAUUUAGGAAACACCGUUCAGACCUAAUCGAGCUUAGACCGGCUUGGGAGGGCUGCAGGGCGGCCAAGAAGCCACGGAUUGCCCGUUGACAAGUUGUCAUCAUGGGCAACGCGCCCACGGCCAGGAAAGGCAGCGAGAUGGAAAGCGUCAAGGAGUUCCUUGCUAAAGCCAAAGAGGACUUUCUCAAGAAGUGGGAGAACCCUGCACAGAACACUGCUUGCCUGGAGCAGUUUGAGAGGUUGAAAACCCUGGGCACGGGCUCAUUUGGCCGUGUGAUGCUGGUGAGGCACAAAGAAACAGGACAGCAUUAUGCCAUGAAGAUCCUCAACAAGCAGAAGGUGGUGAAGCUCAAGCAGAUAGAGCACACUCUGAAUGAGAAGAGGAUUCUUCAGGCUGUCAGCUUUCCUUUUCUGGUGCGGUUAGAGUACUCGUUCAAGGACAACACUAACCUCUACAUGGUGAUGGAGUAUGUACCAGGUGGAGAGAUGUUCUCCCAUCUACGGAGAAUUGGCAGAUUUAGUGAGCCUCACGCUCGGUUCUACGCUGCUCAGAUUGUCCUGACCUUUGAGUACCUGCACGCUCUGGACCUGAUCUACAGAGACCUGAAACCUGAAAAUCUGCUCAUAGACCAACAGGGCUACAUACAGGUGACAGAUUUUGGCUUUGCCAAACGUGUAAAGGGCCGGACCUGGACACUGUGUGGCACCCCAGAAUAUCUGGCCCCAGAGAUUAUUCUCAGCAAGGGGUAUAACAAGGCAGUAGACUGGUGGGCGCUGGGCGUACUCGUAUAUGAGAUGGCAGCAGGGUACCCUCCUUUCUUUGCUGACCAGCCCAUUCAGAUCUAUGAAAAGAUCGUAUCGGGGAAGGUGCGUUUCCCAUCUCACUUCAGUUCAGACCUGAAGGACCUCCUGAGGAACCUAUUACAGGUGGAUCUCACAAAACGUUACGGGAACCUCAAGAACGGGGUCAACGACAUCAAGGGACACAAGUGGUUUGCAACCACUGACUGGAUUGCCAUCUACCAGAAAAAGGUGGAAGCUCCCUUCGUCCCCAAGUUCAAAGGACCAGGCGACACCAGCAACUUUGACGACUACGAGGAGGAGGAGAUCCGCGUCUCCUUCACUGAGAAAUGUGCCAAGGAGUUUGCAGAGUUCUAGAGUUAGAGAGGGAGAGAGGAAGAAAGAAGGAAGUAGGGAGAGUCAAAGGUAGGCUGGUCAAGUGGGAGACGUAAGGAGAGAGUACUGUCUCCUGUCCAAUCACAAGCACCAGCUACAAAAAGAGGGAAAUGGGAUAGAGAAGGGAAAAAGAGCAAGGAGACUGAUAACCAGCAGUGUUGCCUUUUCUGUUGCGUUUCUGUUGUAUUUUAUUUAUUAUUCUGUCUUAUUUAUGGAUCCCUUUAUAAUGAAGGUGUGCUUCAGAUUCAUGGGUGUUGGAAACCGCCCCCCCCACACACACACACACACACUUAUUUAGAGUUGCCUCUGCGCAUUUUCACCCAAGAUCUUCCCUGCUCUUUUAUUGUUUCAUUCAUCAUUUAGUCACUUUUGGGCCACAUCAUAGUGAAAUCAGUCGUCUGUUCUGAUCCGCUGCAGUCUGUUGGUCUUUACCUGCAGCCCAUUGAGUCGUACAAGUUGAGGUCUCAGCCUGCACAAGUUUCUGAAAUUUAAACUGCUAAACCGGCUAACUUGCUCUUUCCCUGGUGAGCAAGAGGAGCAUUAAAGUGAACAUUUAAACAA